AUGUCAGAUUCUCAAAUCUCAUCAACAAUCCUUGACCUCUUAUCAGGCUCUAUCGACAAAGCAAACAUCGAAGAAACGCUUUUAAAGCUGAACUCUACCACAGAUUUCGGCUCCCUCGAAGUUUCUAUGUAUAUCAGUUACGGUUCUUCAAGUCAAAUAUCUGCCUUUACAUCUCGCGUUAUUGAGGUUAUUCAAUCGUUUAUUGAUAAUUCUGAGCUUACUGCAGCAUCAAAAGUUUCAGAAAAUUUCAUAGAAUUUCUAACAAAAUACAAUUUAUUGACUCCAGAGAUCAGUAUUGAAAUAAAGCUUUUGAUUGGGGAGGUUGCUAAGUGUGAGGGUAAGCUUGAAAUAUUGAAAAAAUGUUACCAAGAGGCUUUACUCUCUAAAAGUAGCUAUAAUAAUAGGAAAAUAUAUUUUCAAUAAAUAAACAAACAAUUUUUUAUUUUUACUAUUUUUAUCUAUAAAUUAAAUAAAAUAACUUCUAUAUGCAAAGAAUCCAUUUAAAUAGGUCAAGUUUAGCACUUGCCAAGGAAAACUCAAGUUGCAGGGUAAAAAUCCCUGAAAUUUAUUUAAGAGUAUGCACAUUAUACCUUGAAAAUGAUAAUACCGAAAAAGCUAUCAAAAAGGCUAAAAAAUCAGUUUCACUCGCCGAGCAUUUGCUAAAUAUUGAAACUAACAAUAAAAACAAAAUUGUCCAGUAUUUAGUCGACGGAGCCAGCAUUUUAUGUGUGAUAUUUUUACAUCAAAAUAUUACAGACCAAGCAGAAGAGUGAUAUAACUAUAUAAAAAAACUGCAAGAGAAAUAUGAAAUAAAUGAAGCAAAUUGUCAAUAUUUAGCCUUUAUUAAGUCACAAUUUGACGAAGAGCUUGCUACAAGAACAACUGAAGAAAAAUCAUCAGUUCGGAGUAAAAAAAAACAAGCAAAAAAGGAUGCAUUAAAAACUGUCAGACUUCCUGGGCUGAAACCUACAAAUUUAAAUAAAACUGAGAUUUUGAUAAAAAAUUCUCCUGAAAAGCUAAUAAGAGAUAAUUUUGUCCCACAAGAAAAUCCAUUUAUAAGAAAAAAUUUAAAGCUUGAUAAGCAGCAGAAAAAUUUAUUGAUGCCAAUAGACAAUGGAGUAGCAAUAAAGCCAAAAAAUGAAGGAAAUCCAGCUUUAAAGUACUUAAAUGAUCCAAAAAUUAACCAUGCAAGAAGAAAUAGCAUUGAGACGAUCAGUCCAUUACCUCAUUCAAAAGAAGAGACCUUAAAAUCAGCAAGACCGUCUCAUAGUAUAAUGACUCAAUUUGAAAAAGCAAAAGAAGAGGGCAAUAAAACUGAAAUUUAUAGUAAAGAAGAAGCAAAAGCUAUAGAAAAGCCAGAAGAAAUAUUGUCUGGAACAUUAAAAAUCGAAAAAUUAUUGAAUAAUCAGGAAUUUGAUACAAAUGAAAAUCACCCUGCAGUUGUAAGCUCAAAAAAUGAGACUCAAAGCAAAAAUAAUAUAGAUACAUCUCCAGAAGUUUCUAAUAAAAAUGAAAAAAUAACUGAUCUCCCAAAUGGUCAAGAAGUUCUCAAAGCAAGACGUUUAAUACACAAAAUUUCUAUACAAACUAACCAUGAAGUCACUAAAGAAGUACCUCAAAACAGCCCUCAAUCCAGCUUACACACUGACAACUCAGGAUUCAUAGACAAAAAGCCUCAAAAAGGCAAAAAUUCCCCGAAAUCUUCAAAGCAAAAAUCUGAGCCUCAAAGUCCAUGAAAAAUUCGGAAAAAUUCCAGGAAAAAAACAUUAGCCUCCACUCCAAAGCCAAGAGAUGAAACUCCUAGUUUUCAACAGUCCAAAAAAAGCACAAAAAAGUUUUCAAACCCUCCGCGGUCAGUUUCUCCUACAAAAGACCCAUUAAUCCCUAAAGAAGCUACGAUCCACAAUCUUAUUUCCAAUGGCCAGUCUCCAUUAGAAAGAGAAAGCACAGGAAUUUCAGAAAGAAAAGUUGGAAUUUCUAAUAUAGCAAGGCCGCAAAAUACGACUCCGAUGAAGUCAAAGGCAACUUAUCAGAUGAAUAUAGCAGAAAUUCGCACUGCUGACACCUCAGAAGUCCUGCAAGAAUCUAAAGUUCACCAUCAAAAAACUGAAGAAAACGUAAAACCUAGAAAUUCCUCCCCAAGAUGCGGAGACAUAACUAAAGCUCUUUUAGUGAUCCAGAGUGCUAUACGGCGAUAUAAAGAAUACAAACGAUAUAAGGGCCGAAAAAUCCAAAAUCAGCUUCUAAAAGAGUAUAUUGCUUUUGGAAAAAAAGAAAUUGACGGCGUUUUGCAUUUCGUGACAGUUACACAGGAUGGUUUCCACCAAAAAGCUUUAAAGCAGCUAGGCGGACUUCAAGGUGGCAAGUUCACCAAAUCCAAUGUAAUUGUAGAUGCCUUUCCAUUAGUAUCUGGCAUUGCCAAGCCAAAAUGCAGCUGCUACUCAGAAAAUGAAAUUUGUGAGCUGCUUUCUGUGUGGAAACUUGACGAGCUUGUAGGAAUUUACCAAAUAAUGCUUAUUGAGCUUGUUACGAUAAAAUAUGGGUUCGUGGUGUUAAAGGCUGCACAAGAAAGAGAAGAAGCGAGAAGGAGACUUCUUUAUAGAGGAAGAAGCAAGCUGAGAUCAAAUAGCUAUUAUUUUAUCAAGAUUUAUGAGCUGGAUUAUGGCGGAAAAGAAGAAAUCCUUAUUGUAGCUGUAAAUCCUCAGGAGACUAAAAGUCUGAAAAUCAAGCCUGAUGAGCUGAUUGAGAUUUUGAAAGUAAAAAAAAGAGAAAUGCUGCAAGAAAGACUUCCUCAAGUACUAGAAUUGCUUUAUCUGAAUCAAGGUCAGCUUUGCAUAGCUUCGGAAAAUUAA